UGCUGUACAAAUACAGUCAUCAGUCUGAUGUGGGACUUCCUGGUCAGGCAGUGCUUGUCCCAAGAAUCAGUCAACGCAGUUUGACAGACUUCAUUCCACCCGGCCAAUACGCAACCCAGUCAUCGAGUUUCAACGUUAUUUCGACUGUGUUCCUCCGCAGUGGUCACCAGAGAGGGGAUCCACUGACGUUAACGUCACUCCCCAUCAAAGUUAGCUAGUAAGCUAACGCUAACGUAAGGGCUCUGUUGUGGUCUAGCCAUGUCCGCUUCGGCUGGAUGCUCCCCGGUGGGUCAAAGCACGGGCCUUGGCCCCGGUAUGUCCAUGUUUCGCUGGUUAGAAGUGCUGGAGAAAGAGUUUGACAAGGCCUUCGUGGACGUGGAUCUGCUGCUCGGAGAAAUAGACCCGGAUCAAGUGGAUAUAACAUACGAGGGUCGGCAGAAGAUGACCAGCCUCAGCUCCUGUUUCGCUCAGCUCUGUCACAAAACCCAGACGGUUUUCCAACUGAACCAUAAACUAGAGGCUCAGCUGGUGGACCUGCGUUCUGAGCUGACUGAGGCUAAAGCUGAGCGGAAAGUGAUAGAGAGGGAGGUCCAUGACCAGCUCCUCCAGCUUCAUGCCCUCCAGCUGCAACUUCAUGCCAAGCAAGGCCAGGCUGAAGACUCUGACUCCAUCAAAGACAGACUGCCUGCGGCAACAUUGGACGAUAUGGAACAGGAGCUGGAGGUCAGCAAGAAGGAGAAAUUAGCAGAGGCCAGGCUGGAGGCUGAGGUGAGACUAUUUAAGAAGGAAAACGAGGCUCUGCGCAGACACAUGGCAGUGCUGCAGGCUGAAGUGUACGGCGCCAGACUGGCUGCCAAAUACUUGGACAAGGAACUAGCUGGCAGGGUGCAGCAGAUCCAGUUACUGGGUCGUGACAUGAAAGGGCCGGCACAUGACAAGCUGUGGAACCAGUUGGAGGCAGAGAUUCACCUUCACCGCCAUAAGACCGUCAUCCGCGCGUGCAGGGGUCGCAACGAUCCUAAGAAACCUCUCCCCUCUCCUGUGGGACACGACCCAGACAUGUUGAAGAAGACCCAGGGAGUGGGCCCUAUCAGAAAGGUGGUGCUGGUCAAAGAUGAUCAUGAGGGGCUUGGAAUCUCCAUUACAGGUGGGAAGGAGCAUGGUGUUCCUAUUCUGAUUUCAGAGAUCCAUCCCAGUCCAAAGACAUGCAGAUUGGGGACUAGGUCUGCAUGAUAACUCUAAAUUGUCCGUAGGUGAAUGUGUAGCAACAGUAUUUUGUCUGCUAUGUGUCAGCCCAAACACAAGCGACCUGUUACCAUUCUGUCCCAGCAGCGAGGCCAGAUAGAGUUUGAGGUGGUGCUCUAAUGUUUUUCCUCCUCGGAGGUGGACAGCGAUGAUGAGAACGUGGAGUAUGAAGAUGACAGCGGCCAUCGCUAUCGACUCUACCUAGAUGAACUGGAGGACAGCAGCACAGCGCCACCUAGCAACAACUCUGCAUCGCUGCAGGCUCUGGAAAAGAUGACACUGAGCAAUGGAGCAGAGAAUGGAGAUACUGGGAUUUCCAGUGAGACACCUUCAGAGGAAACCCCUUCAAAGCCUCCCGAGACUGACUGCUCCUCCUAGAGGCUCAAAUAAGCCAUUGGUAUUUGAAGAUAUAACAAGAGGAUUGGUGUUAAAUCCCUCUCAAAGAACUGAAUCAAAGAAUUCUAUGACGAGCCAAGGGACAAGGGAAAAUGAACAGAAACCGUCUGUUUUCCCUUCUUCCUCUCAGUGUUCUGGGGUAAUGGAAUUCGGGGGUCUAGUCUGGGCAUGUGGCAAUGAUUUGGGGUAAAAGUACACAUGUUUAAAGAAGCAUAAGUGUAACAUAUGUAGAGCAGAGAGUGAUACUGAACAAUGUCUGACUUUUUCUGGAUAUUUUAUUAAGAUAUUAACAAUCUCGGAACCCAUGGGCUAUUGGUCUGACAACUAUAAGCUUCUGGGGGCACCAGCCAAUAUUUUGGGGGUUCCAGUGUUGAGAUUUCCUCAUUUCAGCUAAUUUCUGUAAACAGAUAAUUGCAUAUAAAUGCAAAAAAGAAAGAAAGCUAAAACACAUUAGCCGAUGGGUUCCGGGAUAGUAACUCGGCCAAUACGUUCUGCCUCUCCACACGGACUGUUUACCAGCCGUUAAAACAUGGUUAGUCAAUAAUACUUGUACUACAACUGUACUACAAACCGAAACCAGAACGCCAAAAUCUUGUGCCGUUGCCUACAGAUUCUGCACACAUAUGCAGAUAUCUGUUUAUAGAGAUUAAGAUAAUGAUGGAAAUAGACAGUCGCUGUAUGUGAGAAAACUGAAGGAAGUAGAUGUCACCAAGCUGACAUCAGAGAGGAAGAGGUUACUUAUUGUUAAAAAAAAGUUUCAGGUGCCGCUUUUGGAGGAACGCUGUAGAGUUUUUUGUCUCUGUUUGCAUAGUUAUUCAUCUGGUCCCGACAAUACUAUGACAAGACUAUUGUCCUGCAGGGGCCCUAGUAGAAGCCAGGGAAAUGUCUCAGAAAGAAAAUUAAAUUUAAAAAAGAAAUUUUCAGUGUUGUUUUACAAAUAGAGAAUAAAUCUGUUGCCAACCUUCUCAGACAAGUGAUCAUUGUACUUAGCAAGAGCAAGGCCAUUUAUGCUCUACCUUGUGAAAUAAAUAUCAAAGCGAAAAAUGCUAUAAAAUCUUGCCUGUUGUUACCAACAGACUUUUUCAACCUUUUUAAAACAAAUUUAAAACCCAAGCUAGGUAGAUAUUCUGUCAAAUAAUGUAUGCAGGGUCUGAAUGUUUUAACAACCACAUGAAUAAAUGUAGUAAUAACUGAAAGCUAAGAGGAAUGACAAAUUUUCUUUUGAAGAUGUCCAUGUUGAACUGUGUAAAAGUACUUGACGAGCUACUUCUGGCUCUAAAGUUUAAAAUGCUGAACCUUUAUAGUUAUUCAUACAGUGAACAUAUUGCAAUCUUAUUGUUUUCUUUUCUCUCUCUCUCUCUCUCUCUCUCUCUCUC